CAGUGUGCAUACAUACGGAAGCACUGUCCCGACGAUGAGGCUGGAUUCACUGCGUACCUGAAUCUCUACUACUGCCAAAUGCCGCACUUGAAGCCACUUGCUUUCAUCGUGCUCAUAUCAUGGCUGGGCUUGCUCUUCUCCACCAUCGGCAUUGCUGCCAGCGAUUUCUUCUGCAUCGAUCUGAGCACAAUAGCUGGAAUUCUGGGAAUGAGCGAGAGCAUGGCAGGAGUGACAUUUUUGGCUUUUGGAAACGGCAGUCCCGAUGUCUUCUCCACAUUCGCAGCAAUGAACACCAACAGUGGUAGUCUGGCAGUUGGAGAACUGUUCGGAGCAGCAGGAUUUAUCACGGCAGUGGUGGCGGGGUCCAUGGCAUUGAUACGGCCAUUCCAUGUGGCCAAGAAGAGUUUUGUACGGGAUGUGGGGUUUUUCAUCGUUGCUGCGGCGUUUAGCAUGUUGUUUUUGUGGGAUGGCAAGUUGCGCUUUUGGGAAUGCGCCGCGAUGGUGAUUUACUACGUCGUUUAUGUUGCCUUUGUGGUCGUGUGGCAUUGGUGGAUUGGAAGAAGACGCAGAAGGCGAGAAAAGGACGCCGCGGCCCGAGGGCACUUCAUCGAUCCGAGCGAUGAGUUUGGCAUCGACGAGGAACCCUACAGAGACGAUCCGGAGGAGACGCAAACCUCACGCAGACCGAGUCUUUCAAGAGGCGCUUCGCGAGAGGACUGGUCUGCUCUCGAAAGCGGUCCUGCAGACCCACGCGAGGACAGCGCGAAUGUUGAUGACGAGGAAGAAGCGAGGGAUAGGUGGAUGAGCGAAUUGGCGAGCAAUAUGCGCCUGACGCGGCCAACACGGUCAAGAAAGAAUACCGUCACAGCUGUCCGACCAUCAUUGGUGGGAGCUCUGGAAUUUCAGGCUGUUCUGAAAUCAUUGCAAAAGUCCCGCAACAUCCAGACGAUUCCAAUGGACUCGAGACGAUACUCCGACGAUCCCGUGUUCACUACCGCACAGCAGCAGGAAUUCAUGUCCUCCAACGCGGAUCCGGCGUCGAGACCUCCUUACGAAGUUCUUGUCGGUGGGGACCGCUCGCCGCAAAUCGUUGCGCACGGUCCGGCAGACGUGACAUUAGAAUCAGCUCCGACCGGAAGAGCCAGAGCUGUGUCUGCAAUGGACGGCAGGACGCUGCAAGUGGGCUCAAACUUGCAACGACUACCGCCAAUACCGGCUGAGGACGAUUUGAUCGAUGGAGCCAGCGUGGAUAGUGAAAGAUCUCGAUCCAGGUCGAGGUCGCUCUUGGAUGUCCCGUCUACACCGAACAAGGCAGGAUCUCCGGACAUACUUGUGGACCACGCUUCUCCUCGCCAAAGCGUGCAUCCACAACGCAAUCAUUCGCGUGCUCUCUCGUCCGACCUAUUGGCACCACCAGGCAUGGCACCAGCGCCCAGACAAGGCAACGAUUACUUUGUCGCGAAGCCGCUUUCUCGGACCGGUACCGAUGACUCUCCGAAGGAUGUGGCUACACCUAUACCUCGUGCUGGUUCACUCCCGAAGAUCCAAAUCCCAAAUCAACGCAAGUCGCCAUCUUCCUCGCGCGCGACUUCACCGUUCCCAGCUUACAGAGAUUACCCCUCGCCAUCUAUGACUGCAAGCACACGAUCGCCUAUGAGCAUAAAGACUCCAAGUAUUCAUCUCCCACCUCCGAUGGAUUCCAUCGGAUCGCCAGAAUCGAUACCAGCAGAUCAAAGCGCCGAACAGGAAGUACCUCGUCGACCGACAUGGCUCACGAGGAUUUGGCCGUACAGAAUCAUGCCACCGCCUGGCGUCAUGAUAGCGGCACUAUUCCCGACAAUCUACCACUGGCAUGAGAAGACAUGGUGGGAGAAGUGUCUAGGUGUGGUUGCAGCGCCGAGUGUGUUCUGUCUCACAGUCACAUUGCCGGUCGUCGAGAACGAAAAGGACAACCCCGAAGAAGACCCGAUCGAAACUGCUCGCAAAGACCUGAGUCUGGAGUCGCAACGAUCGAAGAGCACUCAUGCAGGGCCGACAUUGAGCACCACUCCUAUCAGCGGCAUACAUUCGGACUAUCUCUUGGAUGUCAACGACGUACACUCCCAUGGCGGUGUAGCCGGCCACGGCAGUUCCGCAACCGCCGCCACCAACGCAGAGCACCACUACCGACCUCACCAGCUUUCUGCAGAGCCGCAAGCAAUGCCCGAGCCCGAGCCGCAGCUCUGGAACCGCUGGCUCACAAUUCUCCAGCUCUUCCUUGCUCCCAUCUUCAUCGUUCUCGCCAUAUGGGUCCAAGCUCCGGAUCCUCUUCCUCCACAAUGGCUCAUCCGGCCCAUUCUUAUCUGCCUGCUUGUGUCCCUUCUCCUCUUGGUCCCUAUCCUCCUCACCACGACACCCACCCACCGACCUCGCCCCUACCGCAUCAUCCUCUCCCUCGCCGGCUUCGUCGUGUCCAUCGCCUGGAUCUCCGCGAUCGCAUCACAAGUCGUUGGCGCACUGAAAGCCCUCGCCGUCAUCCUCAACAUGUCCCACGCCAUCAUGGGCCUCACCAUUUUCGCCGUCGGCAACUCCCUCGGCGAUCUCGUCGCGGACGUUACGGUAGCGAAACUCGGAUACCCAGUCAUGGCGCUGUCAGCAUGUUUCGGCGGGCCGAUGUUGAACAUCCUUCUCGGGGUCGGCUUGAGUGGAAGCUACAUCAUGCUCAUGGGAGCAGAACAUCGGCAUGAGAAACAUCCGAAGAAGGGCCUGAAGUUUCACAGCUACCACAUCGAAGUCAGCAAGACGUUGAUCGUGAGUGGAAUAACAUUGUUAGUCACGCUGGUUGGACUGUUGAUCGCCGUGCCGCUGAACAAGUGGGUGCUCAGCCGCAAGAUUGGAUGGGCGUUGAUUGGCCUGUGGACCGUGAGCACGAUUUUCAAUGUUGUGAUUGAGGUCACUGGUUUCUUGGGCGAUUCGAGC